AUGCCUGGACCAGCCAAGUCUGCGCCGGCACCCAUGAAGGGCUCAAAGAAAGCCAUGACCAAGAGCAAGAAGAAGGACGGCAAGAAGCGGAGGAAGAGCAGGAAAGAAGAGUUAUGCCAUCUACAUGUACUAGGUGCUCAAGCGGGUCAACCCAUCACUGGCAUCUCGUCCAAGGCCAUGAGCUUCAUUAACUCCUUUGUCAAAGACGUCUUCAAGUGCAUCACUGGCGAAGCUUCCCGCCUGGCUCAUUACAACAAGCGCUCCAUCAUCACCUCCCGGAAGAUCCAGACCGCCGUCCACCUCCUCCUGCCUGGAAAUCUGGCCAAGCACACCCUCUCCGAGGGCACCAAGGCCGUCACCAAGUACACCAGGGCCAAGUAA